CUUUCUAAUGUCAACAUAAUUUUAAAUCAAUGUUACAGAUUGAAGCAAACAUCUUUGAGCCUCAAGACAUCGGUGAACUUGAAGUUGAAGGGACAUUCCUCAACAACGAACUGCUACCAGUUGUGAAAAAGUCUUUUUCAGGAAAAAAGGGCCAUGUAUCAUUCAGUCCUACUAUUGAACAACAACGAACCUGUGACAAUUGUACAACUACGCUGCUACAAGGUAAUUUUGUCAUCAAGUAUGAUGUGAACAGAGAUUCUCCUAAUAAUUUACAGGUAGUAAAUGGAUACUUUGCACACUUUUUUGCACCAAAAAUCCUUGAACGUUUACCUAAGAAUGUUGCCUUUAUAAUAGAUGUCAGUGGUUCCAUGUUUGGACAGAAAAUUCAGCAAGCAAGGGAAGCCUUGACAAAAAUAGUGGAAGACUUAAAAGAAGAAGAUCACUUCAAUAUCAUCCUGUUUGGAAGUUCAGUUUCAACAUGGAAAAAUGACUUAAUUCAAGCUACUCCAGAGAAUGUGAAUCAAUCAAAAGAAUUUAUUAGCCACAUACAAGAUUCAGGAUUAACAGAUCUUAAUGGUGGUUUACUGACUGGCAUUGACAUGCUGAAUAAAGCUCAUGAAACAAAAUCUGUACCUGAAAGAAGUGCCUCUUUAGUUAUCAUGUUAACUGAUGGGGAUCCUACUGCUGUAUUCAGAGGAACAGGUUUUUCUGAGUUGCAGCACACUUCAUCAGUGACUUAUACUGAACAAGCUGAGGUUGAGGAAACAACCAAAGCUUUCGAAGAGCAACAAUACAUAUUUGGAGAAUAUAUUGAGAGAUUCUGGGCUUAUCUCACCAUUCAACAACUUUUAGAAGCAUGUGCUAUAGCGCAGGGAGAUGAAAAGGAAAAUAUUACUGCUAAAGCCCUGGAGUUAUCUCUGAAAUAUAAAUUUGUGACUCCAUUAACAUCCAUGGUUGUCACAAAGCCAGAAGGCAAUGAAGAAAAGGAAGCAAUUGCUGACAAACUGAUAGAAGGUACAGAUAUCGUCAUAAGGACAUUAGUCUAG